UAUAAACAUAGAGUAAUUUCAAGAUUUAGUUUAAAGGCGAUAAUCUACAAAUCAGACGUUUUGAAUGAGCCAUGAAUAUUUUUAAACCGUGUCCAAAGUACAAAUUCAGUAGAUACUGUCGUUAUCUCUCAUAAUUUCAUUUUUGCUACCUGUUACUAACAUAUUAGGUAAACAUUGAGUUCAAAAUUCAUACCCGUAUUGAGGAAGUGAUUGGUGUUUUCAUUUGGUACCCAUAGAAAUAUUCACAAAUAUUCGUAUUUAUGCAGCUACAUCAAACUUGAGAAGCAAUUACUCCUUACACAUAUCUCUUCGGAGAAGGCUAUCGAAGGCUAAUAGACUAUCGGAGUGAAAAAACGUCAAUACGAACACGAUGCUUAACUCAAUGGUAGGUUCGCCUAGCAUAUGGAACAGUUCCAGUCCCUUGAGUUGGGACUCUACAUUAGGCUUCAGGCCAGAAGCUUAUGAUGCAACCGCUAACACCUUUUGUUCACACCCUGCCGGAAGUCCAUCAUACCAAGUUGACUCACAACAAAUGUACUAUCCUGUAUAUUCACCAUUCUCACUCCAUCAGUCCUAUCCAUAUUAUCAGUAUCCGUCAACAGCUUACUACAGUGACCUAGCCAGCAACAUGUGUUUUGGAUCGCCUAUGCUGUAUCAUGGUUGGUACGGAAUGCCCUACGAGCCUCAAUUGGAGGAUAGUUCUCCCCCCGCAAAUGGACGCCGAAGGUGUACCCGUUGUAUUUGUCCGAACUGUACCAACGAACUUUCUGGUUUGCCCCCGGUUGUUGGUCCGGACGAGAAAGGUAGACGACUACACAUUUGUCACUAUCCAGGUUGUAAAAAGUUUUACAACAAAACUAGUCACCUGUACGCACAUAUUCUCAUUCACACUGGAGAAAAACCAUUCCCUUGCGAUUGGGCAAACUGUGGCAAACGUUUCGUUCGUUCGGAUGAGUUGCAAAGACACUAUCGGACGCACACAGGCGAAAAGACUUAUGCGUGCCCCAAGUGUCCCAAAAAGUUCUCCAGAAGGGAUCAUCGCGUUAAGCAUGAGAAAUCUCACGAUAACAAAGCGAAGAGAGAGGCCAGGAAAACUGAAAAGAUGAAGGCGAUGAAGGAUGCGAAGCAGGAUAAAAACAAACAGAACAAGAAGAAUGUUCAGUUGACGGAGGCUGAAAAUCAACCGGUAAAAAUCAGUGUAAUGCAAGAAAAAUGUUGUGAAAAUAAGACGCCCGAAGUAGAGAGUUCGGAAAAAGAGCUUAAUGUCGUACUGAAUGAACACGUGGAUAAUCAAAUCAUAACUUUGAACCAUCAUGAAAGCAAUAAAGCACUCGGGGAAGCAAACAUCGUAUCAUCAGAAGAACGAUGCAGCCAGAGUUAUCAGGAAAACUAUCAAAAUAUUCAGCAUGCGCAAAGCACAAGAAAGAAUUACACAGUGCAAUCGAUAAUGUAUGGGAACAGAGAGCAGGAUUAUCCCAGGCAGCUUGAUUUUGGACCAGUUUCAAUUCCAUCAAGUACAAACACACAGUCUGAGUCGGUUGCUGUCAGUUAUCCCUACUUGAACGGCGUUUAUGAUCGUACUAAUCCUACCAGUGAGCCAAACUUGACAGCCUCGAUGAACAAUUUUAUGAUGCAUAAUUACGCAUCCUAUGGCUAUCCUCCCCAACUGCAGUAACAACACUAGCUAUGUUAAAACAUUAUUCUGUUUGUACAGACUUAUAUGGAAGUGUAUGUCACUUUUAAUGUAUACAAUGUUAAUCAAUUUUGCUAACUUAUGGUUUGUGAAUGUUAGGAGAAGGAAGAAGGGAUACGAAAAAAUGAGUCAUCUAAUACAAAUGAUUUA